GGCCCCAGGAAGCACACUUGGUUGAAAGACCAUUAAAGCAGCAAUCAGCGGUAAAUAUGUUAUGAUGCCACGCUCAAAACAGACAUCGAGAGGAUCGUCCAAAGCUUCCGUAGGAGAGCGCUUCUGCACCGCGUAGACGCUUCACGAAAUGCCGCCUCUGUUGCUACUGCUGUGCGUAACCGCUGCGGAGGAGGCUGCAAAUCAGAUCAGGGGUCGCUCUCUGGGGGUUUGAGCAAUGAUGGACAGCUGUUGGACAUUGAUUGAAGGAUGAAUUAAACGUGCGGUAGCGCAGGAUCACACCAUGGACCGAGGAGCUGUGUUCUGUGACUGCCUGAAGUGGAGGAGGAGGUGGAGAAGGAGCGGCUGACUAUUCCUCUCUGCUCCGAUCAGCACAAGUGUGAGGAGGAUUCGUCAUGAUGCUUUUUGGUCAAAACGUGAGGCUCCCGCUGCCACCCAGCCUCAAAUGUUUGGCCGAGGCAGGUGCAUGAAGACUUUCCAACAUGGGAUUACUAUUUUUUUAGUAUUUCGAUCCACCUCCGUCUUUUCUGUGCACAAGAAAUACAGGAAACAUGUCCGCAGAUGUAUAACGGAUUCGUAAUUGAUGGUGCUGCGCUAUGAUCUCGGGGGACUGAGUUGUGUAAUGAUUUUUAUUCCAUCUACAACAAUCUCUCCACGGAUGAUGGUUAAUUGGGCCCAAUGAUGUAGAGUCAAAUCCACCUGGAUCUCAUGUUCCCUCCUCUUGUGGCGAAACUGGCUCCCCUGUGACUUUUGCGCAUAUUCAAUUGUUUUUAUCCCCAGAGCUUCUCUCUGGUUGUUGCUUUGGAUGAUUCCAUUCCAAAUCUUGUAGAAUUUUCCUCAAAAAGUGGAGAUUUAACUGUACUGGCUUCACAUGCGCAAAACAUGGGGAAUUCUGUUCAUAAAAGACGUUUAAUGCGCCUCAUCCUUGGCACCAAAUAGUUCCCUGACUUUAUUUCUCAGUGGAACAAAAACUUUUUCUGUAGAAUUUAAUUCCUCAGGCACAGCCCUGUGCUUCUGCUCUCCACAUGUCCAGAUCAAACAGUGUCAGCCCACCCGGAGUCGGUGCGCCCGGGCUGAGGGGAGGGACCGAACACAGAUCAGCUUGGGGAGAGUCUGAGUCUGUGGCCAACGGGUGCCCAUACUCGGCCAGAUCCCCGCGCAAGAAGCUCACCCGGACCAACAGCCGGUGGAGGGAGGAGGAUGAUCUGGAGCACCGGCCGAGCGGGCGAACCUCCACCGCGGUCAGCAGGGUCAGCUUCAGGUCCAGGUCGGCUUGGCAGGACCAUGGCGAGGAGAGCCGAGACAACAACCGCGCAUCCAGCAAGCGUCCAGACGGCGAGGUGAUACCCAAGUCCGUGGAGCUGGGUCUGGAAGAGCGCAGAGCCAAGCCGAGAACCGACGAGGAGGAGGUCAUGCCCGAAGUAAACUUUUCUCUGGUGGCCUGCUGCACCAGCGUCAUGCACAUUUUCAAAUCCAAGAAAUUCCAGUCGGAGAAGCUGGAGCGACUCUACCAGCGCUACUUUUUCCGCCUCAACCAGAGCAGCUUGACUAUGCUCAUGGCAGUACUCGUGCUGGUCUUCACAGUCAUGCUGGGCUUUCACUGCUCCGGUGGGACUGCGGGGCCGAGCGUCACUUUCGUGGUGGUGUUUUCCGUGGCUAUCUUCCUUACGCUCGUACUUAUGGUGGUGUGCAACAGGAACGGCUUCCACCAGGACCACAUGUGGGUGGUGUGCUAUGUGGUCAUCCUGGUGGUGCUGGUGAUCCAGGUGAUCGGAGUACUGCUCGUUCAGCCCAGAAGUGCCUCGGAGGGGAUCUGGUGGACCGUGUUCUUCAUCCAUGUAAUCUAUACUUUGCUGCCCGUCAGGAUGCGCGCCGCAGUCAUCACUGGAGUUAUACUUUCCGCCAUCCACGUGACCAUUUCUGGGAUGUUAAACGGGAUGGACAGCUUUCUGUGGAAACAGAUAGUGUCCAACGUGUUGAUCUUCUCCUGCACCAACAUUGUGGGAGUUUGCACCCAUUACCCUGCUGAGGGCUCCCAGAGGCAGGCCUUCCAGGAGACCAGAGAGUGCAUCCAGGCUCGUCUGCACUCGCAGAGGGAAAACCAGCAGCAGGAGCGUCUUCUGCUCUCAGUACUUCCCCGCCAUGUUGCCAUGGAGAUGAAAGCUGACAUAAAUGCCAAGCAGGAAGACAUGAUGUUUCACAAGAUCUACAUCCAGAAGCACGACAAUGUCAGCAUCCUUUUUGCAGACAUCGAAGGUUUCACCAGUUUGGCCUCCCAGUGCACAGCGCAGGAGUUGGUGAUGACUCUCAAUGAACUUUUCGCCCGGUUUGACAAGCUGGCAGCGGAGAACCACUGUCUGCGGAUCAAGAUCCUGGGCGACUGCUACUACUGUGUAUCAGGGCUGCCAGAGGCCAGAGCCGACCACGCCCACUGCUGUGUCGAGAUGGGACUGGACAUGAUAGAGGCCAUCUCGCUGGUACGGGAGGUGACGGGGGUGAAUGUGAACAUGCGAGUGGGCAUCCACAGUGGCAGAGUCCAUUGUGGGGUUCUGGGACUCAGGAAGUGGCAGUUUGAUGUUUGGUCCAAUGAUGUCACACUAGCAAACCAGAUGGAAGCUGGAGGCCAAGCUGGGCGUAUCCACAUCACUAAAGCUACUUUGAAUUACCUGAACGGUGACUACGAUGUGGAACCAGGGGCAGGAGGAGAAAGAAACGCCUACCUGAAGAAGAACAGCAUAGAAACCUACCUCAUUGUUGGCUGCAGUCAGAAAAGGAAAGAGGAAAAGGCCAUGAUCGCCAAAAUGAACCGACAGCGGACCAACUCUGUCACCCACAACAGUGGCCACUGGACCGACCGUCCCUUCUACAACCAUCUGGGGGGAAACCAAGUCUCCAAGGAGAUGAAGAGGAUGGGCUUUGAAGACCCCAAGGACAAGCAUUUCAUUUUCAGAAACACACAGGAAAACCUAAACCCGGAGGACGAGGUGGACGAGUUCCUGGGCCGAGCCAUCGACGCCCGGAGCAUCGACCGGCUGCGAUCGGAGCACGUCAAGAAGUUCCUGCUCACCUUCAGAGAGCCUGACCUGGAGAAGAAGUAUUCUAAACAGGUGGACUCCAGGUUUGGAGCUUAUGUCGCCUGCGCCUCCCUCGUCUUUCUCUUCAUCUGCUUCAUCCAGAUCGUCAUCGUGCCAUCCUCCAGGCUGAUGAUCGGCUUCUUCAUCACCUGCCUCAUUAUCCUGAUGGCCGUCAUGUUCGUCUCAGCUGUUUACUGCUGUUUCGGGAUCUUCCCGGUUCCUCUGCAGACUCUUUCAAAGAGGAUCGUCCAGUCUAGACUCAACAGCACUUUGGUCGGCGUCUUCACUAUCAUUGUCGUCUUUCUUUCUGCUUUCAUCAAUAUUUUCACCUGCAGCAGCAACGACCUUCGGAGCUGCAUCAAAGCGGAGCUGAACAUCAGCCUGGACAGUGUGAACGCCUGCCACGCUCACCUCCUCAACUACAGCCUGGACGCUCCAAACAGCCCCUGUGGAGACGAUGCUCUCAUCUGCAGCUUUCCUGAGUACUUCUCGUCCUGUGUGCUGCUCAGCCUGCUGGCCUGCUCCGUCUUCCUGCAGGUCAGCAGUAUUGGUAAACUCUUCCUCAUGCUCUUCAUUGAGCUGCUCUACCUGCUCAUCAUGGAGGUGCCCAAAGUGAGCCUGUUCGACAACCAGGACCUACUGGUUAUGGCCAACGCCAUCAACGCUGUCGAGCAACUGAAUGGAACAAGCUGUGUGGUCGACACCAAGGUUCCUCUGAGGAUCAUGACUCCGGUGGUGAUCACAGUGUUUGUUCUGGCUCUCUACCUUCACGCCCAGCAGGUGGAGUCCACAGCCAGGCUGGACUUCCUCUGGAAGCUGCAGGCCACAGAGGAGAAGGAGGAGAUGGAGGAACUUCAGGCCUACAACCGGCGUCUCCUCCACAACAUCCUGCCGAAAGACGUGGCCGCUCACUUCCUGCAGCGCGAGCGGCGAAACGACGAGCUCUACUACCAGUCCUGUGAGUGCGUCGCUGUCAUGUUUGCCUCCAUCAGUAACUUCUCUGAGUUCUACGUGGAGCUGGAGGCCAACAACGAGGGGGUCGAGUGUCUUCGGCUGCUCAAUGAAAUCAUCGCCGACUUUGAUGAGAUCAUCAGCGAGGAUCAGUUCCGCCAGCUGGAGAAGAUCAAGACCAUUGGCUCCACCUAUAUGGCGGCGUCCGGCCUCAACGACUCCACGUACGACAAGGCCGGGCGCUCGCACAUCCGAGCACUGGCUGACUACGCCAUGAGGCUGAUGGACCAGAUGAAAUACAUCAAUGAACACUCCUUUAACAACUUCAAGAUGAAAAUAGGUCUGAACAUUGGUCCGGUAGUUGCUGGGGUAAUUGGGGCCAGGAAGCCUCAGUACGACAUCUGGGGGAACACAGUAAAUGUGGCAAGUCGCAUGGACAGCACAGGUGUACCGGAGAGGAUCCAGGUGACCACCGAUCUGUACCAGGUACUGAGCUCCUAUAACUACACACUGGAAUACAGAGGCGUGGUCACAGUCAAGGGCAAAGGGGAGAUGAUGACCUACUUCCUCACCAAUGGACCCUCCAGCAGUUAACCCACAUUGAGUGGCAGACACAAAACGAGUUAAGCGCCUUAUGACAAAACAAGCAGGCUCACAGACCUCUCUGAUAGCUUCCGGCGGACGGAGACUGACUCUCUUCUCGCAGCACCAAACCCUCCUCAAACCCCAAGCCACAACGGAUGAGAAACUCCAUCCCAAAGCUCAGCCUGUGGAAGAGCUUAUGGGUAGCAGAGGCCUUGCUAGCUUGAAUCUGCUGAUGAGACCAAAGAUGUCCAAUCGGAGCGCAAAGACAGAUUUCGGUCGCGAAGGAAUAACGUUCUAUUAGAAAUUUGAUUCGCUUCAAUCUACCGAAGUGUUUUCGGACAAAUCUUGCAGGAGGACAUAAGCUACGCGGCCUCCUCUCUUUCUUUCUGCCUUUCACCUGCUGAAGUACAUACAGUAUGUACAUGUAAAACACAGAAGGUUUUAUGUGUAUGUAUUUGAUUUCAUGUACUGUUUGUAAAACACUUUUUCCAUGUUGUUGUGAUACAGGUACAAAUCUCUAAAGUGUGGGCACUAAGCCAGCACUGCAGCACUAUCCGUCCUGCUAUCGAUAUCUAAUCACAUCAGUAAUUAACAGAUUGAUGGAGUCAUAGCAACUUAUGUCUUAUUGCUGAAGAGUACAAAUGAGGAGAUCCCUGUUAAACUGUACAGAGAGAAGAUGCUGCCCAGUGUUUACAGAAAGCUUCCUGUCAGACGCGUGAAAUCACAACCUCCUAUGAUAGUAUCAACAGCAUAUAAACACACUAAGAGGAUGUCAGCGAAGAGCUUUUUCUAAUCUUCAAAAUUUUUGUAUUUUGACUUCGGAACACCAACCCUAUGAGAUAUUUUAAGAUUCUAUAUUUUGUACAUUAAUAUAUUAGAGAGCUAUCUAUAAACACCAGUGUGUAUUCAGAUGUACAUACUGUAUAACUCUCAUGUUGGGAUUUCAGUAGUGCUCACUGGUGUUGCCUGAUCACAGCCACAGCUAAUGUGCCAUUUAGCUUCAGCAGAUCAACACUCCUGAAUGCCUUUUUUUUUUUUUUGGUCUUGCUCUUUUCAGUGAAAUUGAGCAUGUUCAAUCUACAGGAAGCCCGCCGUUUGUUGAUAUGACGCCGUUCACGAUGAUUUCCCUUCGUUGAUGUGUUUCAAUCUCACUGUAAGAAGUAAGUGUCAAACCAAGUGAGGGCGCGCUUUGAAUGACAGACUGGAGGACGGAAAUGCAUCAGUUUCUGGUGCCCAAAAAGCCAUUUUGCACUGCAGUGCUUUCAGCUGUCCACCUGUCCACGACCCACUCUUGUUUGCUCAAUCAGAUGGUACGACCCAAUGAAUGUCCAAUGAUCUCCGAUGAGGCCUUUAAUAUGGACUCUGUUCUGACAAUGGUGAAGAUGCUCAUUCUGUGGACAGAUGAGCUCGUGUGGAUAUGUGCCCUUUCAUCUGCUGUUUUCUUUUCUCAUCCAAGCAGUUUUCUCCAGUAUUACAUCAUUUCUCAGCAUGUCAUCAGACAAACCGACCUGUUUCAUAGACUUGAGUGAUUUUUAGCGAUGUUUUUACCAGAUGCUGCAUCUGGUUUAGUUUAUCUUGGCUAUCUUAGUUUAUCUCGUGCCAGGUUUUCAAAAAGAAUUCAAUCAAAGCUUAAAAGGAUCUCAUGAAAAAAGCAAAAUCUACAUGCAAAAUCCUAACUUCCAUGCUUUCUGAUAAUCUUUAUAUACUUUCAUGUGCUGCAUUUUCAGCCCCUGUGAAAACAAACAUUACUCACACUGGAUUCUGCAAAUUAAUUGGGACUUUCGCUAUAAAAUCCACAUUGGUGUGUGAGGCUAGUAAUUUUUUACUGCACUGAUGUUAUUUGUGACUCAGAAUGAACUGCAGUGCCAUUGUAAUAAUUAGACUUAGUUCUGUUAAAAUGCUGCCUAUAAAUAAAGUGAAUUUUUACACAGUUGCCAGAAAUUAAUUAAAUUUGAAUUGAAAUGAUCCAUAUGCAAUAAUAAAAAGAAACUAGGAGGGCACUCCUGCUUCCACACCUGAAUUUAAUGGGCUGUUUCUUCCACUUUUCCAUCGAGUUUCAGGAAAAUUGGGAUGUUAGUGCUUGCAUAAUGCUGCUGACUGAAAAUGAAAAUGUUAUGUCCUUGGCAGAGGUAAUAAUUAAACAUUAAAAGGUAAUUAGAAUGCAAAGAGGAACAGCUUAUGCUGUGAUUUGCCAGCAGCAGUGUGUUGACAGGAGUCUGGCCAGUCAGACCCCGGCUGCUGCUCAGUGAGUUGGAUUUCAGUGGAUUUUUAUAUAUUGACUAUUUUUAAUGAACACAAUACAUAUUUAAACAAGAAGAAAACAUUUUUACCAUGUACUGAUAAAUGGAAUCACAAAUAAACAAUUUAGAAGCAUUUUAAAAAUUAUUUUGUGAAACUGCUUAAAGGUAGAAUUGGGAAAUAAUUAAUAAAUAGAUGUUAGAAAAUUUAAAUAUUUGAUCUUUUUGAGGUUAGGUUUGGAUAAUAUUAAUGCAAAUAUAAUCCAAAAAGUUUGCUUUUAAAAACUCAUCAAUGUAUUUUAAGUUUUUUUCAGUGACACACUCUAUGCUUUCUGUGUCAUUGUCAAAAUUGUAUAAUAAUAUGGCUCACUAAUGAAUAGUUUUUUUUUAUGACAAAGACACUUUGUAGUACAGAGGCAUAAGAUAUAUCAGUAUAUUACUACACUAGCAAUACUUAUUAAAAAGAUCUUUACAGUUUGGUCUUUUCAUGGGAUUUCGUUGACAGUAAAAAAACAAAACAAAAAACGAUUAGCCUUAUCUUUAAAAUCCUAGUGAUUUUUCUUUUACUUUCCUUUAUUUAAAAAAAAGGACAAAAGAAGGAUGGCAUUUGUCCACAAUGUUUGUUUUGAGCUUGUGGAAUGAGGAAACCCUGCACUGGUCUACUCUGGUGGUUUUUGUCUUGUUAAUGUACUGUACUGUUGCCACCAUUAUCUUUACACACCAUUACUUAAACUUUCGCCCCAUUUGACUCAUUGAUUGCAGUGCCCUUCUACGCCCAUGUGAGCCCCUUUCUAUUGUACCAUUUGCUGUGAAUGAAUGUGCCACUGGAGAACGCGAGGUGUUGGAGAGAAGGCACAAAUCAGAGAUGAUGGGAUGAGUUUGUACUUUCUGAAAGAUUAGGGGAAGAUCACAUGGUUUUUAUUUCUGCAGCUGAAGAUGCUCAUAAUGACAUGAUGAAGGUGAAGCAGUGUCUGUGACAAAAACAACUUCAGAGACAAAACCAUGGGUUGUUUUUUGUUGUCAUGUUAAACACUAUGCUUCUUUUUUAUAUACAGUAAAAUAAACUGCUGAGAUGUUUCACAUGUA